UCGAAGAUCAACUAACAUAAAAAGCGAUGGCUCAGUUGGCGAAAUCCAUGAUAGAAGUGGAAAUCAAAGUAUCAGCUGACAAGAUUUUCCAAGCUAUUAAGGCUACUUCCCGCAGCGUACCAAAACUAUCUCCAGAGAAAAUACUUAGCGUGGAGGAGCAAGUCGGUGAUUACACCAAGAACUGGACUUUGUCUAUCGAUGGAAAAGUGGAGAAGAUGAAGGAGAGAGUUGAAAUAGACGAGGAGAACAAAUCAAUGACUGUGUUUGUGUUCGAUGGAGAUGUAAUGGAAAACUACAGUAGCUUCAAAUGCAACCUUCAGAUUAUACCGAAGCUCCAUGGAAGAAGUAUAGCGAGAUGGAGCUGGGAAUACGAGAAGCUUAACUCAGAUUCUCCAGCUCCUAACAAGUAUAUGGAUUUUGCGGUCUAUCUCACUAGAGAUAUUGAGUCUAAUCUUCUGAAAACAUAAAGCUGUAAGUUAAUAUGUAUUGAUUUGUUUAUAACAAUGAUUUCAUCUCUUUAUGCCAUGUGUGUACGUGCGAAAGUUACAUCAAUAAAAGUUUGAAGGGGUUGGGUUUCUA